AUGAAGACUGCUCAGCGUUUUCUUAAUGAGAUUACAUACGGUACAAGUUUGGAUGGUCUCUGCAAAAAUGGAAAAAUUGUGGAGGAAGUAGAAUUGUUUGAAUCCAUGGAUGGUACUGGUAUCUUAGCUAAUGUUGAAAUGUACCAUAUCGUUAUUAAUGGUUUGUGUCGGGCUUGCCAGUUGGAAAAUGCAAGAGAAUUGUUUAAUGAAAUUCCAAACGAAGGAUUAGUUCCUGAUGUAGUAGCAUAUAACACAAUGAUGGCUGGCCUUUUUCAUCACAGGCAGUUUUUGGAGGCUAAAAAGUUAUUCAUCCAAAUGGAAGGGAAUGGUUGUUUACCAAAUUCUAGAAUAUACGACACCGUCAUCAAGGGUUUUAUUGAAGGGAAGGAGACUGAGACGGCAUUACAAUUUCUUCGCAGGAUGCGUGAAAGAAAAUUUGUACCAAUGAUUAGGGAUGUCGUUGUUGCUAUAACAGGCAAAUUUGAGAAGCUUAAUAUGAACAUAACAGUGGCAGCUCAGUUUCUAAAAAUAGGAUGCUUGCUAACUGAAUCUUAUUCAGGCACAUCUGAGUCUAGCAUAUUUGCAGCUAUCAUUCUAAUUCGUCUUUCAUGUGGUUUGUUACUUAAGGAUGAUAAUGUUGAGGCCCUAGAAGAGAUGCUGAAGAGGGCGGCAACGUGA